UACUUUGUCAAAAGUCGAACAAUUAUUAGAUGGUGGCAAAGGUGUUUCUCUCUAUAUGAAUACUUAUUAUCACAGAAAAGAUAAUAUUUUAUCUGUAUUAUUAUCAUAAGACGUGUAAAACUAGUCAUUUUCUAUUGAGCGACAUGGAAAUUUAAAAUUUAAUCGUGGCACAAUCGGUGUUAUCGUUGGCGAUUGUGAAUAGUUAAUAAUUCAAUAAUUCAAUAAUUCAAUUUAUUUAACUGCAUUUGUCUAUUUUUUCUACUUUCUGAUUAAAUAUUUUAGUAAAUAUCAAAAUAUUAUUAAGUUUUUUAGCAUAUAUUGAAUAUGGAGCUAUAUUUUUUAUUUUAAAAUAGAUGUUCAUAGGGAACGUUCAUGAUUUAAACAAAUUUGAUUAAAAUCAUGACAUCCAGUGAUUGGAAUGAAGUGAAGUUGCUUGCUGCAGACUUUCAAAGAAUUCAGUUGACUUCUUCAUCUCAAAGAUUAGGAGAGCGUAAUUGUAUUGAAAUAGUCUCAAAACUUAUUAGCUCUAAACAAUUAGAUGUUGUGUUUACAACUGAUGGAAAAGAAUAUAUCACUCCAAUACAUCUGACUAAAGAACUUCAAGAUGAAACUUAUGUUCAAGGAGGUCGCAUAAAUAUAUUAGAUGCUGCUAGAUCUUUAAAAGUCGAUUCUGUUAUUGCCAUUAAGUUAUGUGAAAAAUUAGCGCAGAAAGAACCAGAUGACUUUUUUGUUAUUCAUGGACAAUUAAUUGGAUCAAAUUAUCUAAAUGAGAUUGCUGAAGAUAUCAUAGAUAAAUUAGAACAAUAUGGUCAUAUAAAUUCAAUAAAGAUAUCUCAACAAUAUGAUUUACCUGUUGAUUUAAUUGAUAUGAUACUUCAUAAACACACAAAGAAAUUAUCUUUUAAUAUUCAUAGGAAUAAAAAUAAUCCAUAUCUGUACUAUACAGAUUUGUACUUUAAUUCUAUUAAAAGAAUUGUUAAAGGUGCAGUUUUAGCUGUCACUAGACCAAUAUUAUGUACAGCUAUAAUAAAUCAGUGUUCAAUUGAUGAAAAAGAAUUUUUUAGUGUACUGGAAAGUUUAUUAGCAUCAAAACAAGUACCUGGUAUAUUAACUGAUAGAAUUGGAAAUGCUUGCACUUACAUACCAAACAUACAUGUAAAAACUCUCAAUGACUGGGUUCUAAACUUUUAUUCUAAUAAUAAUUAUUUAGAUUAUGCAGCAAUGAAUAGUGUAGGAAUCACUGAUCCAUCUUCUUUUAUAUCCCGCAUGUCAAUUGGAAAAGAAAUGAUAACAUUAACAUCAUGUUCUGUUGGUCCUAAAAUUAUAGAUGAUGUUUCUAGUGCUAUUGAAGAUUCCAUUGUUAACAGUUCUUGGAUUGAUAUUAUGGAUGUUGUACCUAUGGUUUUUGAUACUAAAGAUGGAGUAACUAUUUUAGAAUACCUGUUGAAAAAGAAAAAAUUAUCGAAUGGCUAUCAAAUUUUUGACAAAACCGUAUUAGUUACAGAUAAAUUCAUUGAAAAACAAAUUAAUUCUAUUCUAAAUACUUUGGAAGGAAAAAUUAAACAAAAAGUUGAAUCUGGGGAUUAUGCUAAUGCUCUUCUGGAGUGGAAAGUUCAACAAAAAAUAACAGAAGAUAAAAACCCUGAGCUGAGCCGUAAAGAAGAAAGAAAAAAAAAGUCUGGUGGUAAACAUGGUGGAGGAACUCAGGGACGGGAAACUAAAAUUAAAGCUGUAAAAAAAAAAUAUGGCCAAAAAACCAAGCAACAAGAUUCAGAUUCUGAUGAUAAUGAUAAUAAAAUUAUUAGUAAUGAACAAUAUAUUAUUGAAAUUGUUACUUUGGAUGAAAUCAAACAAUAUUUAAUGGCCGAAGAAACAUUUAAAGAUAUUGAAGGAGAAAAAGAUUCAUUAAUAGAAAAGAUUGCUUUACACUUUUAUCCAAUUUUAAAUAAAGAGAUGUUGAGACAAGCCCAGAUAAUGCAUGAUCAAAUAAUGGCAAAUCGUACUGGUGAUAGAAGGAAAGUGCAUCAAGAAUUCAGAGAUAAAAUUUUAUUGCUAAUUACUGAUUUUCAUCAUUACAUUAAGGGUAUUCAAAAGCUAGAUAAUUCCGAUGUCCAAAGUCAACUUACUAUAUUUUUAUUAAAAUUAACUGGAGGUGAUAUAAUUGAAGUUGUUCAAAAAUAUAUAAAAGAAAAUAGAGAACAUAAUUCUAAACUUAAAUCAAUUCAAUAUGAUGAUAAUCAAAUCCAAAAUGCUGUUGAACGAUUACAAAAAUCAUUAGUAACCAAAAGUACAGAUGAUUUUAAUGAAUCUGUUGAUCUCUUAUUAUCUGCUGUAGAUAUUGUACAAAAAAAAAAUGAUCGCAAAAAAGAAAGAGAAUAUCUUCAAAAUAAUCGCCAAUUACUUUUGGAAUCAUUAUCUCAUGCAGAAGAAGAUGCUGCACAAGUCUUGCUUAUUAGUACACAACUACUCUUUCAAUCAAUUACUUCAACUAUGAUAAAAAUUUCAGGAAAAUUUGUAUCAUCAAUACUUGCAUAUUUACAAAAACACCUAAAUGAAAAUGACUUCAAUUUACUGCAAAAAUAUCAUGAUCUGGUUGUUCAAUCUUUAAAAACAGAAAACUAUGAUGAUAGAGAAAUUAUUGAAUUACAAUUGAAAGAGUUAACCAGCACUGUGAAAGAUUUUGUUAUAAACUACAAAAAAUCUAAAAGUGAACAUUAGUAUAAUUUAUUGGUGAAAAGGAUGCACAGAAAUAAAAUCUGAAUUGUUUUCAGUUAUUUUAUAUUAAAUUUGUUCAUAUUAGACAAGAAUAUAUAAAUCACAAGCUUAAUUGUUAAUUUAACAAUGAUGAAAUAAAAGUUGUAAUUAUUUUAUUGAUUAAAGAACAAUUUUAAUAGACAUUUAAUAAAAGUAAAUACAACUUAUAUUAAUAAAACAGUUAUUGAUUUUAGUGUAGGAAAAAUUA